AUGGAAGCGGAACAACGGUCGGAUAUCAGGGGGACUAUCACCUUCGACUCCCACAACAACGUCAUAGAGUCUACGGGCGUGGGGAGCCAGAGAUUCGAAGACAUAGAUGAACUAUCGCAAGUAGCGCUGGAUGCAGAGGGCUUUGCCCUGGUACGGGGCCACUCACUGCUCGUGCACUUGUACAAACACGACGAUAUGACCUUGGCUGUGUACACUGAUGCCCAGUGA